AUGUCUGGGAAUCUUCUCAUUCUUCUGCUAGUUGUAACUGAUCAGAACCUUCACACUCCCAUGUACUUCUUUCUGGGCAACCUUUCCUGUUUGGAGACCUGCUACUCUUCAACCAUCCUCCCUAGAAUGCUGGCGAGUUUCUUAACUGAGAACCGAAGUGUUCCCAUUACUGGUUGCAUUGCACAGCUUUGGGUUUUUGGUUUCUUAGCAGCAGCGGAAUGCAACCUACUGGCUGCUAUGUCUUAUGACCGCUAUGUCGCAAUUUGUAGACCCCUGCAUUAUUCAACUCUAAUGAAUGUCAAGGUUUGUCUGGGGCUCGUGGCUGGAUCUUGGGUUAGUGGCUUUGUGGUGGAUACCACUUUGUUAAUGUUUGUACUGCAGUUAACAUUCUGUGGUGACAAUGUGAUUGAGCACUUCUUUUGUGACCUGACUCCUGUAAUGAAACUGACCUGCAGUGACUCACAUCGAGUCAAAAUGUUAUCAGCUGUUCUGUCCUCCCUCUGUACCUUGCCCCCAUUUGUAUUAACAAUAACAUCGUACGUAUACAUCAUUUCUGCCAUUCUUAGAAUCACAUCUACCACAGGGAGGCAAAAGGCCUUCUCUACUUGUUCUUCUCACCUCACGGUGGUGACCAUAUUCUACAGCACCCUCUUCAUUGUGUAUGUAUUGCCAGACACCAAGGAACUCAGACAGCUGAACAAAUUUUUCUCUGUCUUACACUAUCCUGACCCCUCUGAUCAACCCUCUCAUAUAUAG